ACAGUUAGUUAUACAUCUGACUGAAAAAUAUACACAAAAUGUAAAUUAACAAACAUUUAUUUGGAAAUAAGGUGGAAUGCGCUCACUUUACCUCAGUGACACCUGAAGUUAUGUGCAGUGAAAUAACGUGAUGCUCUCUGCUCCUUUCUGCAGCCGGCAGGUUUGAAAUUGUGUUGUGGAUCAAUGAGACAAUAGUGCCACAUGGUGGAGAAGAUGACAACAUUGCCUGCACUGACUCUCACUGCAGCCUGCUCUAGUCCAAUAAUUGCAAAGGUGCACCUAAAGUAGCUGCACGCUGUUCUUUGUAGUAGAGUGAGUCGCUGAAGAGCUUCUGGUGUGAAGAUGAGUGACUCACUCGAGAAGACUACAGACUGUCCCUUGCCUCUUCUUGGAGAUGACCCCAGCCCGGACGAGGAGAAAGGGAAUGUGACGAGCUCGAGUGAGUUACAUUGGGAAGAUGGAGGUCUUCCUGUGGAGCUGCAGAAAGGGAUGGAGACCCUACGAGUGAACAGAGAACUGACUGAUGUGAUACUGUGUGUUCAAGGACAUGACUUCCCUUGCCACAGAGCCAUACUUGCUGCCGCCAGUCAAUAUUUCAGGGCAAUGUUUUGCAGCGGUCUGAAGGAGAGUCACGAGGAGCGUGUUGAAAUUAAAGGGUUGGACAGUGGGACGAUGCGCUCUCUUUUGGAAUAUACCUACACCAGUCAAGCCCUCUUCACAUUCUCAAAUGUCCAGAGAAUACUAGAGGCUGCCAGUCAAUUCCAGUUCCUGCGUGUGGUGGAUGCAUGUGCUGGCUUUCUGAGCAAAUCACUGCACCUGGAGAGUUGCAUUGGGAUUCUGAAUCUGGCUGAAAGUCAUGCCCUGCUGGCUCUGAAGACCAGUGCUCAGGCCUACAUCAUUUCUCAGUUCUCCCAGGUAGUCCAUCAGGAGGACUUCCUGGAGUUGCCAGCAGACUCGCUGGAGACUGUUCUGCAGAGGGACGAUCUUGAUGUGAAGUGUGAGGAGUGUGUUUUCGAGGCACUCAUGCGCUGGGUCAGAGCCCGGCAGGACGAACGUUAUCCUUUGCUGGCCAGGUUGCUUUCACAUAUACGACUGCCGUUAUUGGAGCCAGCAUACUUUGUAGAAAAAGUGGAGUCGGAUGAACUGAUUCGUCGCUGCAGUGAGGUUUUUCCUUUGCUGCAAGAGGCCCGCAUCUAUCAUCUCUCCGGCAGGGAGGUGGUCUCUGAACGAACCAAACCCCGUGUGCGGCACUUUCUAUCUGAGGUGUUCCUGAUUAUUGGAGGCUGCACUAAAGAUGAACGCUUCAUUUCCACUGUCACUUGUUUGGACCCUCUCAGACGCAGCAGGCUGGAGGUCGCUAGGCUGCCAAUGACAGAGUUGGAGGAUGAGUCUCUAAACAGAAAAUGGGUGGAGUUUUCUUGCAUUACCUUCCGCAAUGAAGUGUAUAUAUCUGGAGGUAAAGAGACACAGCACGAUGUUUGGAAAUAUAAUGGUGCCCUGGACAAGUGGAUUCAGAUAGAGUCCUUGACAACUGGCCGCUGGAGACACAAGAUGGCAGUCCAUGGGGGGAAGGUGUACGCACUGGGUGGAUUUGAUGGAGUUCAGAGACUCACUAGCGUAGAGGCCUAUGAUCCCUUUCACAAUCGCUGGACACAGGUGGCACCUCUUGCGGUAGGUGUGAGCUCCUUUGCUGCUGCAAACUUUGACAGAUGGAUCUAUGUGAUUGGUGGUGGGCCGAAUGGAAAGCUGGCAACUGAUAAAGUUCAGUGCUGGGAGCCUGGAACAGAGUGCUGGGAACUACGGGCGCCCAUUCCCAUCGAAACCAAAUGCACUAAUGCAGUCACCUUCAAGAACUGCAUCUAUAUAGUUGGCGGCGCCAUGCACGCCAUGUACUGCUACUCCCCUCUGUCAGACUCCUGGUCACUUGUGACCCGUCUUGGGGAGAGGGCAAGCUGUGCCAUUGCUGCCUGUAGCAACAAACUCUUCAUCACUGGGGGCCGGGAUAACAAGAACCAAGUCAUCUCCACAGUGAUGUGCUGGGAUGUUGACCGAGGAGUGUUGACAGAGGAGUGUGUUUUACCUAUGGGAGUGUCGCACCAUGGCAGUGUGACACUGAUGAAGUCCUACACACAUAUACACAGGAUAGUACCUACUCCAGAGUGCCAAUGACACAGGCUCCAGCAAACAGGACAUUAUUGUUGCUGAGAAGGCAACAAUAACACAUGGAAAGAAAAAAAGUGUUUAAAAUAAAUGCUUUUACCUGCAUUACAAUGCUCAAUUCAUGUGAGUGGACACUUUAAAAUAUUAGUCAAUCAUUGAGUUAAGACUAAUAUAAAGACAUGAAACAAUAUCAUAGUGAAGCAAUAAUGUUGUAAUUAUUUCAUAAAUAUGUUUGAAAGGAAAUUAAAUGGAGUACUUACAAAAAUGGUUAACAAAUAAAGACUGAAACAUCAGCUAAAUCAUGCAGUCAUUCAACACUAGAGAUAGUCCUUUCUUCUAACCCAUCAACAAAACCACAAUGUAAGACCCGAUCCAGUAUCCCAAUCCCUCACCUAUUUAUACUUUAACAGUAUGAUACUAUACUCUGAGGAAGGCUUUAUGCCGAAAUAUGUCAACAUAUUUGUCAGCCUAUUGAUUAUGAAUAAAUUAAUGUAAAGGACUGAUACAUGAA